AUGGUAGACAUCCCACUUGGAGUCCAGAUGCGUCCCAUCAUCAUCAAACAGAAAUACGCACUGGCCUAUGAGACCAUUGCCGCGAUAGAAGAAGUUCAAGAUAAAAUCCUUUGGUAUUACGAUAUUUGGAACUUCCUGGAAAAGGAAACAUACCCACCAGAGGAAAAUUCCAAAGACAAAUGGGUCUCGCCGAAAGGGUCAAAUGGACAUGAGUAUAUCCUGGUGGCGAUUGACUAUUUUACGAAAUGGGUGGAAGCUCAAUCAUAUGAUGUGUUGAAGGCAGCGCACGUGGCCAAGUUCAUCAGAAACAACAUCAUCUACCAGUGCGGAGUUCCGACUGAGAUCAUAUCAGAUAAUGGCUCACACUUCAAAAAAGUAGUGGAUUUGCUUGAGAAAUACAAUGUGGCUUUUCAUAAAUCAUUGACAUACAGACCACAGACGAAUGGCGCUGUUGAAGCCGCUAACAAGAGCAUCAAGAACAUCUUGUAG